CUGAUCAGGUAUUUUAUUCCAUUAAUGGGGUCUUGCGUAAGCACUAUUGGGGCUGAAAAUGGAAGCCAAAUCCGUUCUGCAGGAGCAACGAGCUCGUCGGCGUCGGUUCAUCCAAGUCCACGAACCGAGGACGAGAUUUUGCAGUCCUCAAAUCUGGGGAGGUUCUGCUUUAACGAACUGAAGAAGGCGACGGGCAAUUUCCGGCAGCGGAGCAUGGUGGGCGAGGGUGGUUUCGGGAGCGUGUUCAAGGGCUGGAUCGACCCCCACUCCCUCACCGCCACCAAGCCCGGCACCGGCAUCUCCAUUGCCGUUAAGCGCCACAACCAAGAUGGUAUGCAAGGCCACAACGAAUGGUUGGCAGAAAUUAACUAUCUGGGGCAGCUGCAUCAUCCUAAUUUGGUGAAACUUAUUGGUUAUUGCUUGGAGAAUGAGCACCAGCUUCUGGUCUAUGAGUUCAUGUCGCGGGGUAGUUUGGACAAUCACCUUUUUGGAAGAGGAUCUGGGUCUCAACCAUUGUCAUGGAAGCUGCGUAUGAAGAUCGCACUGGACGCUGGGAGGGGUUUGGAGUAUUUACAUGGUGAAAAAGUUAUCCAUCGUGAUUUCAAAUCCUCAAACAUUCUUCUUGAUGCGAAUUACGAGGCUAAAAUCUCAGAUUUUGGAUUGGCCAAGGACGGGCCAGAGGGGAAUCAAAGCCAUGUUUCGACCCGGUGCAUGGGUACCUAUGGCUACGCGGCUCCUGAAUAUAUGGCCACAGGUCAUCUAAAGGCGAAGAGCGACGUGUACAGUUUCGGGGCUGUUCUACUGGAGAUUUUAUGUGGGAGACGAGCGCUAGAUUCAACAAGGCCACCGAGAGAACAGAAUCUAGUGGAGUGGGCGAGGCCUUAUGUGAGCAGCAGACGGCAAGUUUUGAGAAUUAUGGACGGCAGAAUUGAGGGGCAGUACUGUGUAAAGAAGGCAUUUACAGCAGCAAAGCUUGCUUUAAAGUGCCUCUCGGAAGACCCCAAACGCAGGCCUUCCAUGGAUGAAGUGGUGAUGGAAUUGGAGCAACUUCAGGAUUUUGAAUAAGUGAAGAAGAAGAAGAAGAAGAAGCCAGCCAGCCAAGGCACAGGAUUUUGGUUAAGUUCAGCCCAUUAUGAGGAAAGAAAGGCAGAAACAAUUAUUAUUAAUUCUGCAUUUCGUUAAUUUGGGUUCAAAACGUAAACGUGAGACAUAUUGAUCAUGUAAAUGUGAAGGAAUUAAUGUGUUUAAUUUUGGAGCA